AUGGUCGGUUUGUCAGCCGCUGCCGCUCUGAAGGUAGCCCAACAUAUUGUUGUCAUCUCACCCGACAGAGAUGAUCAACUUGCCAGUUACGGCGCCCCUGGUGGGUUUAGACCAGAUCCUUCCUGGAUGCCUGGUUUUGCGUGUUGCGCCACUUCCAAAGAUGGAUGUAGCAUCAACUGUCCGCUAGUUCGAUGGUGCCACAAAUCAAAGGAGCACUUUUGGGCUCUUGCCGCAAGCCAGGAUGCUGUGAAUGCGGGAAUUUUCUUCCAACCAAUGCUGGAUUUGUAUUCUGAAAUGCUGUGUCGAAUUCCAUUUGCUGUCAAACUGUGUGGAUCGAGUAAACUUCUGGAAAUGGAUGAGAUCCAGUCUCUCGGUUUUUCAAGUUCCAUAAAAUGGGGAUACUCUUUUAUAACAUGUAUGAUAGAAGGAAGAUAUCACAUGCCAUACCUCCGGGAGAAGUUAGAACACACCUCUCCUCUCCCAGUCAUGUUCGAACUAGAAUCGUCCUGUCGCAAGGAUUCAUUGGAUGAAGUGCGUAAGUGGGCCAAUGACAACCACAUUGAUGUCGUUGUAAACUGCACUGGACUUGGAUCAGCUACCUUGUGCAAUGACGAUUUGCUGAUCCCCGUACGUGGCCGUUUGGUUCGCGUUGCCGCACCGUGGCUAAAAUUCGGCAUAUACAGCCCAAAUAAGGCACAUGCUUAUAUAGGUCGGGACUCUGUUAUUAUUGGUGGCUAUCGGGAGCCACUUCCCAGUCCCCUUAUCCAACCAAUACGACCAGAACAAGCUGAGAAUUCGCGUGAAGCCACACUGAACAUACUUGAACGCAUGGGCGAACUUUGGUCCGGUCCUCUUCCAAGUUCCCGGAUAGUGGAAGAGUGGACAGGAUUCAGGCCUCACCGAGAUAUAUUGCGCCUAGAACUAGCUUGGUUGUGUGAUCAGAACGGAGGACGAAGUAUCCCGAUUAUUCACAAUUACGGUCACGGAUCGAUGGGAAUCUCGCUCAGCUGGGGGACUGCAUUAGAUGUCGUUUAUCUGGUUACACAAGCCUUAAAGGCUAGCACGGGUUCCUGCACACAAGGACUACUGGCACCAGGCCUUGAAAAACUAAAACUUCAAUAAUCAAGCUGUACUUCGCGGUGUUUCAAUUCACAUUUCUUUGUUUGUGAUUGCUAGUCUAGUCAACGAUAAAGGUACAUCUAGGGAGUAGCUUUUUAUCUUCAAUGCUCACUUUUCAUUUUAUACUUGUAAUCAUGCAAAAACUACUGUUUUUUACGAAUUGCUGUUUUUUUGUGAUUUCACAUUUCUAA